GGACACGUCUCGUGACGUGUUUGCCUGUCAAAUCGAAGCGACCUUUGACCGAGACGUGUGUCCUCUGAACAACACAACCCAUUUUUUACGGACAGACUAUGACAACAGUACAGCGUACUCCCAGUCGGAAGAAAUCUCCUGGUGAGUGCGUGGUGAGUGCGUGGUGAGUUGCGUGGUGAGUGCGUGGUGAGUGCGGUGAAUGUUACAUUUGGAGACGAUGACAGAUGAGUGGGUAAGGGGGAGGGGCGGGACUUCAUUAAAUCUUAUUUUAAAUGAGACAGUUAUCGCCCUUUCAUGAUGGAACAACAACAUUUCCAGCAUCACAUUUUUAUCUACUUAAAAAAAACAAAAAAACAACAACAUUAUUUUAAUUCUUUAAAGAGUCUUCUAACAAAAUGUACACGUUAAACCACAUAUCACUCGUCCAGCAUGUAGAGAGAUUUUGUUGAUAAGGGAACGUGCAAAGUGGUUCUUUUAUUGAGUUUCGUGUCGUGGAGAGCUCAAUUUCCCUUUGACUUUGGAAAUUCAGGAAAACAAAUUUUAAUUUCUGUCUUACGUCAGCGUGAGGCUGGUGGUUCAAAUUAUUGUUCAGAUGCAAGACUCGAGGAAACUAUUUCGGUUGACUGGUAACAGCAUAACUUUUAAGUUGGGUAUCUAAAAAUAAAUUAUUCAUGUUUUUGGAUAAACAUAGCUGAGUGAAUAAUACAUCAUAGUAUCUAACCAGGGACUUUAUUCAGUCCGAAUGCAGUGCCAGAAUUGUUCAUACUAAUUUCUUUGUCAGAGGUUAAAAGGUAAUUUAAUUUUAAAAUUCGGCCACAGCUUUUGCGGCUUGACCGACAAAAGUAAAUAUUUUAAUUUGAAUGAAAUGUGACGAAACAGGUCAUUUUUUUUUUAUUUCAGUGUUUCCCAAACUUUCGACAUCUGUGUCCCCCCUUGUCUAUAAUGUUCGUAACACUGAGUACUCCUCGUUUAAAAAAAAAAAGAAAAAAAAAAUUAAACAUACUUUAAUAACAAUUUAAAAAAUAUAUAUUUUUUUCCUUUGCAGCGCACAUUCCGACCAAAUUCUUCCCGUACCACACUUUGGGAAACACAGCACUAGAGUUGAUUUAGAUUUUUAAUUUUUGUAGACGUUUAGUUCUUAUUCGCCCCCUUUGUGGUUAGCCGUGUCAAUUGUCGUCUCAAAGACGUCGUACACCAUCCAGGAAUAUUUUUAUUCAUAUUCAAACUCCACUUUAAUCUCGUAAAAUAUUAUUAUUUUAAGUUCAUAUUGUUUCAAUGAUAUAAUUUCAAUUACCCCCCUCCGUAGCUCAAUGAUAUUAUUUUAGUGACCACGUCAGAGCCAAUAAAUGAUAUCAUUGUGGUAUCCACUUCAUGGCUCAAUCGUAUCCUUAUUCCUAAUAUUCGCAGGCUGGCGAUCCUCCUGAACAUCAUCAGUGACGGCAUAGUCGAAUACUACCUGUGGGUUUUAUGUGGAGUCGGUCUGCCCGGGAACACGCUGACGAUUGUGACGAUACUCACCAUGGAGUCCUACAGCCCGGCGACGUUUCUCGUGGCGACGCUCUCCUUCUUCGACGGCCUCACCCUCGUCAUCAAGUUCGUCGGCCUCCAGCUGUACCUGCUCCGCGUCCCCAUCGGUCGGGCCGGAUGCGUCGUGUCGUCGACGCUGGUCAUGUUCUUGGCCGCCAUGUCCAACUGGUCGCUGAUCCUCAUCACGUCCGAGCGCUUCAUCGCCGUCUGCUUCCCCUUGCGACGGGCUUACUUGAUCACCAGCAGGCGAAUCCACAACGCCGUGGUGAUCGUAGCAGCGCUGCUGUUCAGCGUGAGCCUGGUGACCUCCAUCGCGACGGUCGACGAGGUCCUCGGAGAGUGGUACUGCUCACCGGACGUCAACCACAACAUCUACUACUGGAUGAUCGGGACUCUGUACGUCAACAUCCCGUUCGUCUGCAUCACGAUUCUCACGGCUGCAGUGCUGAGGGGGCUGCACGUUUCCGGUAAGAGGCACCGCCGCCUCCUACAGCGCGAGGACCAUUAUAACAGCGGCGGCGCCCCAGGGAAAGUCGUGUCGAAUGACAGCCGUAUCGCAAUGUCGAAUCGAGUCGAGGUCACGCUCACGAGCAUGAUGGUCUCGUCGGCUGCAAUUUUCCUGAUUCUGUUUCUCCCGGCGUUGCUGAUACCGUCCAUUGUGACCCCACCUGCAGACGACAGUACGGUACAAUCCCAAUGGCGGCUUUUCUCUGAGAUAAGGUAUCUUCUGCUGGAUUUGUCGCACGCCAUCAACUUUUUUCUCUACUUUUUAACGGCGAAAAAGUUCCGCAAGCAUGUAUUCAAGAUUCUGUCGUUCAAGGGGUGCUAG